ACAACGGCAGCGCCGCCGCCCGCGCGCCCGCCACGGCCGAGGGCAUGGCGCUCGCCUACGGCAGCCUCGUGCUCAUGGCSCUGCUGCCCAUCUUCUUCGGCGCGCUGCGCUCCGUCAGCUGCGCCAAGAGCAAGAACUCCUCUGAGAUGCCGGAGACCAUCACGAGCCGCGACGCCGCCCGCUUCCCCAUCGUCGCCAGCUGCACCCUCCUGGGCCUCUACCUCUUCUUUAAGAUAUUCUCCCAAGAGUACAUCAACCUCCUGCUCUCCAUGUACUUCUUUGUGCUGGGAAUCCUGGCCCUGUCGCACACCAUCAGCCCCAUGAUGAACAGAUUCUUUCCUGCAAAUUUCCCCAACAAACAGUACCAGCUUCUCUUCACCCAGGGCUCCGGGGAGACCAAGGAAGAAAUAGUGAAUUACGAGUUCGACACCAAGGAUCUCGUGUGCCUGGCCAUGAGCAGCGUUGUCGGGGUCUGGUACCUGCUGAGAAAGCACUGGAUUGCCAACAACCUCUUUGGCCUGGCCUUUUCCCUCAACGGGGUGGAGCUGCUGCACUUGAACAACGUCAGCACUGGCUGCAUCCUGCUCGGGGGCCUCUUCAUCUACGACGUCUUCUGGGUCUUUGGCACCAACGUGAUGGUGACUGUUGCCAAAUCAUUCGAGGCCCCAAUAAAACUGGUUUUUCCUCAGGACCUGCUGGAGAAGGGUCUAGAGGCCGACAACUUUGCCAUGCUCGGCCUGGGAGACAUUGUCAUUCCAGGGAUCUUCAUUGCCUUGCUGUUGCGCUUUGACAUCAGCCUAAAGAAGAACACGCACACGUAUUUCUACACCAGCUUUGUGGCCUAUAUCUUCGGGCUUGGCCUGACCAUUUUCAUCAUGCACAUCUUCAAGCAUGCCCAGCCRGCUCUGCUCUACCUAGUCCCCGCAUGCAUCGGAUUCCCGCUGCUUGUGGCCUUGGCAAAGGGAGAAGUAACCGAAAUGUUCAGCUAUGAGUCCUCUGCUGAAAUCUUGCCGCACACUCCGCGACUCACGCACUUCCCCACGGUGUCCGGCUCGCCCGCCAGCCUYGCUGACUCCAUGCAGCAGAAGCUGUCGUGUCCCCGCCGCCGCCGCCAGCAAAGCCCCAGUGCCCUGUAGCCCCCGGCCCUUUCUGCCUGUCGCUCUGGCCAGCUACGAGGAGACCUCCCCGCCCAAGGAGGUGCCGGGGGCCCCCAAAGAAGAGACGGCA